UGGCGAGAGCUCGGGAGUCAUCCGCAGGAAGCAGCGCUGCUUUGGACACCACACACCCCAACACGUCCCGGACCACUGGACUGAGGGGCGAGGAGAGAAAGCGACGAGCGAACAGAGGAGGAAAGAAGUGUCAGAUGAUGAUGACAUCCGAUCUGGGUGAUAGCUGAUCUCUGUUUUCUGACAGACAGCUUGAACUGUGGAUCUCCAAGCGCACCGGGAGUGACUUUUAACACCUUUCCGCGCUGCCAACGUCCCGCCGUCCUUCUGGCGAUUUAAAUCCGCGUUUAAAGUGUUCGGACAUUGUGGAUCCUACUAUUACGAUAUGGUUUCACCUCUGUUUUAGUACGCUUGGUUUCGAGCGAAGCGCACGCAGCAGCCGCAGCAAAGAGCGCAACCACGUUGCUCCUCUUGAGCCAGAGUGAAGGAUCCACAGGAGAACAAGUGCACGGCUCAGGCGGGGACACACAGAGGAACAGAGGGACCGGCGCCGGGCCGCGGAGGUUUGUUAAUGUUUGGGAUCCAAGAGAGCAUCCAGAGAAGCGGCAGCAGCCUGAAGGAGGAGCCGCUGGGAGGCAUGAACGCCGUCCGGAGCUGGAUGCAGGGGGGCGGCGUGCUGGACGCCAACACGGCCGCCCAAAGCGGAGUGGGCCUGGCCCGGGCUCACUUUGAGAAGCAGCCGCCCUCCAACCUGCGCAAGUCCAACUUCUUCCACUUCGUCUUGGCUCUGUACGACCGGCAGGGUCAGCCGGUGGAGAUCGAGAGGACCAACUUCGUGGACUUCAUCGAGAAAGAGAAGGAGACGAGUGGAGAGAAGACCAAUAACGGGAUUCAUUACCGGCUGCAGCUCCUUUACAGUAACGGCAUCAGAACAGAGCAGGACUUUUAUGUUCGACUCAUAGACUCCAUGACUAAACAGGCGAUUGUUUAUGAAGGCCAAGACAAGAACCCAGAGAUGUGCAGAGUGCUGCUGACACAUGAGAUCAUGUGCAGCCGGUGCUGUGACAAGAAGAGCUGCGGGAACCGUAAUGAGACACCCUCAGACCCUGUUAUCAUCGACAGAUUCUUCCUCAAGUUUUUCCUCAAGUGCAACCAGAACUGUCUAAAAAAUGCAGGAAACCCACGAGACAUGAGGAGGUUCCAGGUGGUGGUAUCGACCACAGUGAGCGUGGAGGGACACGUCCUGUCAGUCUCCGACAACAUGUUCGUCCACAACAACUCCAAACACGGCCGACGGGCCCGCAGGCUCGACCCCGUAGAAGGAACGCAGUCGUACCUAGACCACGGAGCAGCUCCCUGCAUUAAAGCCAUCAGUCCCAGCGAGGGGUGGACUACGGGGGGCGCUACAGUCAUCAUUAUAGGGGACAACUUCUUCGACGGUCUCCAAGUCAUCUUCGGUACCAUGCUGGUUUGGAGCGAGUUGAUCACGCCGCAUGCCAUCCGGGUGCAGACGCCUCCCAGACACAUCCCCGGGGUCGUUGAGGUCACUCUGUCUUACAAGUCCAAACAGUUCUGCAAAGGCACACCAGGAAGGUUCACAUACACAGCACUGAAUGAGCCGACCAUCGACUACGGUUUCCAGAGGCUUCAGAAGGUCAUCCCCCGGCACCCGGGGGACCCCGAGAGGCUGCCAAAGGAGGUUAUUUUGAAGAGAGCAGCCGACCUGGUAGAAGCUCUCUAUGGUUUGCCCCAUAAUAACCAGGAGAUCAUCCUGAAGCGUGCAGCGGACAUUGCGGAAGCUCUCUACAGCGUUCCACGAGGACACACCCAGCUCUCCGGCUCCACCCACAGCGGCAUGAUGGGGGUCAACUCCUUCACCGGGCAGCUGUCCGUCAACGUCUCCGAACCCACACAAGCCAAUCAGGGUUUCGUGCGCAGCAGCAGUAGCGUGUCACCUCACGGUUACGUGCCGAGCUCCACGCCACAGCAGACCAGUUACACCUCAGUUACCAGCACCAUGAACGGCUACACUAACAACGCCGGCAUGACCAACCUGGGAGGCUCGCCCACUUUCCUCAACGGCUCCGCGGCCAACUCGCCUUACGCUAUUGUCCCAUCCAGUCCCACUAUGGCCUCCUCCACCUCUCUCCCCUCCAACUGCUCCUCCUCUUCUGGCGUCUUCUCCUUCUCUCCGGCCAACAUGGUGUCGGCGGCCGUUAAGCAGAAGUCCGCCUUCGCUCCAGUGGUCAGGCCCUCCUCUUCCCCUCCGCCCUCCUGUACCAGCGCCAACGGCAACGGGCUCCAAGAUCAAACAUUUGUGGACUCUAGCAAGUACUCAACAGCCAGCUCUCUACAAGGCCUGGCCUUCACCUGAACAAUCCCGGGAAUGAUCGUCCCACCCAUGUAAAGGUGUGAGUGCAUGGUUGUGUGUGUGCGUGUGUGUGUGUGUGUGUGUGUGUGCGAGCGCGAGAUGAAUCAAGCACACUCAAGCCGAUCCUGGUGGAGGAUUUCAGUGCGAGUCAGGCUCCGGUCAGGGAUGGAAGCAGCUGUCCCGAUCUGAAGGAACAAACCCAACUCAGGCCCUUUCUAACACAAAAACAACUGCAAGAAAACAGACAAAAAAACAAACAAACAAACAAAAAACUGUUUGCAAGGAAACAUGUUGUUUAGACUUUGUACACCUUGAUGCUUUUAUAGGAGAACGGCCAAGCCUACAUUAUGACUCUCCAUGGACACAGGAAGUGUAUUUAUUUUGGAGAGAAUCCACUUUUUCCUUCGAGUGACUGUCGAUUUUCUUUUUGUGCAGCAGUUAACAUGUGAUAAUCAUCUUCUAACUGUGUCUCACAUGAGGGAUUUUCUAUUUAUGAAGUCUGGUCAUUAAUGAAGGAAUAUAAUGUGAAGAAUACAUGAGGAUGAUGAUGAUGAUGAUGACGAGUAAAAACGAUGCUGGUGAAGAGGCUGCAGGAUUCGUACGGGGUCAAAUCCAGCCGACACAGUCAAGCCAAACCAGACACACACACACACACACUUUCGCUUCGUUUUGCCAAAUCCACACCACCAUCCCUCUUUCAGCACUAACACUCGUCUUCCUUUGCGUGUAAUCAGAUUUGAUGAGCUGACUGCUAAAAGGCCAUAGAUAAGUGCAGCUCCUUCCCCACAGAGGAGUGUGUGAUUACCGGGUGCCAACAGCAUCUCACUGCUGAGGAUCAGACCCAACGACAAGUCCAUCCAUCGGCCCGUUUCCACAUGCUCUCUUUUAAAGUCGGGCACAGCCACAGCAGCCUCUAUGAGAGGGCGAGCACGUCUUAAAGACUGCUGCCAUUUUGACUUUGAUUUUGUUGUGUGAGAGUUGCCUCGUCAAACCUCUGUCUUAUAACAAAUCCUUAUUUUUGUCUGGUUUUUCUUUUGGUUUGCUGUGUUGUUAAUAUUUUUUUACUGUGAUCAGCCGGCCAAUCAGAUUGUGUUUCUUUCUGUCACCUGCCCGCUUAACUGGUGUAAUUGACAGCUUGAGUGAGGAAAUGAUCCAGUGGUGUGUCUUAAAUGCUGCGCUGCAAAGAAUGUCAAGUCAGUAAAUCUUCAACUCAAGUCUUAGCAAGUCAGAUCUGCCCUUGAACUCAUUUUUUUACAGUGCAACUGUAUUUAAAAUGUUAUAUUUGUGUCCCAUUUUGCACUUCUUAAGAGGUAAAGAUGAAGUAUGAAUUUCCAUGUCUUGUAAAAAAAAAAAAAAAAAACAAGACAAAAGAUACAUUUUUUGCAGCACAGGAUGAUUAGCCCGCGACAUGUCUUAAACAGCUGGUGCGCAAGAACAAGGAAACUGAUGGUUUGUUGUGAUCAGCCCUGCAGUCUGCUUCAACAGUCUUAAAUCAUUUAUGAUGAUGUUAAUUUUGCCAAGGCCUUUAUUUGAGACAUUAAUGCCUAAACAGUCUUACGCCACAGUUUCUAUGCCACUUGUCACACACAGUCAGAAACUGUGUAGGAAUGCCAUAAGACUGUCAGACCUGCAGCAGGUAGCGUUCACAAACACAUCUUUAUUGUUUGUUCAUCAGUCAGGUCGAUGACAUUUGCCACAAAUAGAAAACAUUUGAAAGUGUGUUUGUCUUCUAUUUUGCUUCAUGUGCUGUCAUAGUUAAUCCCUCUUAUUAGAUAAACAGGAGUCAUUUGUAACUCCUGCCUGAGGAGGUCCUGGACCUCCGCUGCCUCCAUGUUGGAGCUCAAUAACGAGAAGAAAGUACUAAACACCACAGUUUACAUUUACAGCAAAUGAAAGUGAAGCCUGAAGGGGUGUCAUGAAAGCAGUAAUCAAAAAUUGGAAUGAACGAUGAGGGAUGUUAUCCAAAAUUAGAAAAAAAAAAAAAUCAUGAAAAAAAAUGUGAUUUUAGGAAAAACACCUGAAACCCUGAAGAAACCCCUGUCCAUUAAGAUGUUCAGAUGUGUUCCUCGUUUGUUUUAUCGCUCAUGUCUAAGGAUUUGAAUGUUAUAAAGGCAUCUUAUUUGUGUUUGUAUUAUAGUGUCUGUUCAUUAAAAGCCAUACUUCCACUGCUAAUUUCAAUCAAACUAAGACAAGCCGUGGUGUUUUCAUCAUCCGUCAGUCGAGGACGCGGGAAAUGUUCUUCAUUUUGUCACAAUGUUGUUCGUAUCAUUGUUGUUAAAUAACUUGUUGCAUUAUCUAGGUGUAGAGUUCAUUAUGAAUAUCUGUGUUUGUCCUCCAUGCGAUGGAUUGUAGGAUGGAACAGAGUUGCUGAAUGAAAACUGAAAGAGGUGGAAGGAAAACCUCUGUCCUCUCUCCUGCAGCCACUUCUCCUGCUUCAGUCAGGUUUUCUUUUAAUACUCUGUGUGUUUGCCCUCUUUUUCCCUUCCCCUCACUUUUCCUUUAAAGAAAAUGAGCCACCUAUUUAUUUUAUCUCAAACAUGGGUCUGGAGACCACUCUUCUAUUUGUGUCUACAUGUGGGAGCGCCUGCGAGUGUGUGUGUUGUGUGUUUGUGUGUGUGUCAGUAUUUUUUCUCUGAAAGAAAAAUGUGAUGUUUUAAAGCUAAGGGAUGUUUUUUUAUAGUACAUAUAUAAAUACCUGUACAGGAAGGAGUAAAUAGAGGGUUUGGUUUAAAGAAGUAUGAUCCGAAGCACUCGUCCAACAACAGUAAGAACAUUUAUCAUGGCUUGUCUGCGUUGAGGCUUACAGUGGUGGCCAUCAUUCUUACACACAUUAUCAGCAGUAUCAGUGUAGAGGGGAGAAAGUACAGAGGAAACUACUGUAAAGAUGAUAAUGUUGAUUUUUUUUUCAACUUUGAAGUGUAAAAUAACUUUUUUGAC